AUGUACCCGGCUACCUUGGCGCUCGACGGAAUAAUUUACCAUCUCACCUUAAACACCACAGGCCACACUCUUCAGACACCACAUGCAAUCCGAGUGCGCACUCGAAUACUGUACAUCCUAAGCACUGGAACCAUUGAUCAUUUCCCGUACGAAGCCAUCGCAGGCGCCCUCAUAAUGGCUGACAGUUCCUGUAGCGGCUCUACGCCGUUCAAAGGUCUCGUUGACCAUGGGGCCCAAGAUCGAAGUCUGCACCGAGAUCGGUUUUCCAGUACUCCUAGUCUCCAGCAAGGCUUUCGAUCCACAAGUCAAACCGUCUCGGCGCCGGCUCAAGCAGGCUUUGGCGAAUUCCUCGACUCCAACGGGGCUGGGCAAGUCAGCAUAAACACUCCCCAAACUCUCAACUCGCCCGCAUCAAGCUUCCCUCGAGGGUUGCAAUCAUUCCAAUCAUCAGCGGCCCCUGCCGGUCGAAUUCUCCCACCCAACCUCUACCAAUCUACGUCACAAAUUCCGACAGCUUCUCGGCAAAAUGUGUCUAUGGCGUCGCCACCGAGGACAUCGAGUUGGGCACAAGAUUUUGCAUCAUUCUCUAGGGCACCGCCAGGUGCUGGAAACUACACAACAGGGUUUUCUUCUUCGCAAUAUCCAGCGCCUGUAGCCGGAUUUACGCAGAAUAUGAUGGGGUCGCAUUUAAGACCUUGGUUAUUCGGGCCCCAAGGCGGUUCUGUAACCGCCACAAAUCACGGAGUUACAAACACCGAAGCUGACUUUGAUGUUGAGAUGAAUCGGUGGAUGGCGGCCAACGGAGACGGACAGAUGGAGGACCUCGACACUGUUAUGGAACAACUCGCGCGAGAACUGGAACAAGAGCAGCAACCAGAGGCCGCUACACAAGCAUCCAGAGAUACCACCGGCAGCUCUGUGGAUACUUUCACGACCUCUCUAGAUGUUUCUGUCCAAGAUGAAGCACAAGGAAUACAAACAUUCGAUGCUACAGCUUCAACAAACCAACAAAUACCCGGCGCAUCCUCGGUCCUUGGGAUUGAUGCCAUCGGAGUAUCAAAAAGAGCGAGUUUUCCAGACCACAUGCCUGACUUGGAACGUCUAGGGCUCGACGAAGCGGAGCAAGCAUCUGCAGAACAUGUCCAGUCAACAUCUGACAUUUCGGAGGCAGCGAGACAGAUACUUGACUCGACUUUCGGGAUGGAAACAAAGACAUCGUCAACAACGAAAUUCUCGAAACCAAAGUUGGCGGCGAGCGAAUCGGCCGGAAUUGACCUCGAGAACUCCAAUGCUCCUAAACACCACCCAACCACGUUGAUAUCAUGGCUAAUGUCAACCGCAAAGCCCGGUACAAGAGCCGUUAUCGAUCCGGUACCGUUACGUAUGAUACGACGAAUCGUCAUCGAGAGACUUCCAAUAACAGGCAGGGCUUAUGAUUACUGGCGUAAAGAGGACGCUGGAGAUCGCAUCGAGACGACAGCGAAAUUGAAGCUGCCCUGGCGGCGACGCGAAAUGUCGGUCGCAACCUGUGAUUCUGCCGAACUACGACAUCGGGGUUGGGAUUACAGGAGGAAUAAGCAGGGAUAG